AUGCCUUCCGCAGCCACAGAGGAUGGCGCAGACAGGCCCUUGCUGGCCGACGCGCGGGGUCAAGACGGCACAACAUACGGGACGGAGGAGCCCGUGGCCGCCGCACGGUCAGCCGCCGGCGGCGUGCCGAGGGACCAGGGGGGCAGCUUCGCCAGGAACCUGGGCACGCUGGACGCGUUCGCCAUCAUCAUCAGCAUCGUCAUAGGCAGCGGUAUCUUCACGUCCCCCGGGUCCAUCGACACCAACGUGCCCUCGCCGGGAAUCGCGCUGGCCGUGUGGCUGGUCGGCGGCGUGCUGGCCUGGACGGGCGCGAGCACCAUGGCCGAGCUGGGGACCGCCAUCCCGGGCGAGGGCGGCGUGCAGCCCUACCUCAAGUACAUCUACGGUGACGUCUUUGGGCACCUCGCCGCCUGGACGUGGGUCGUCGCCGUCAUGCCCGCUACCCUGGCUAUCCUGAGCAUUGUUUUUGUGGAGAGUAUCUUCUCUGCUGCUGGCGUGACGGACAGGGCCGCCAGCGUCCUGCACAAGCUGCUGUCCGUGCUCAUCACGGUGGUCAUGAACCUGGCCAACUCCAUCAGCACCAAGGCGAGCACCCGCCUCAACAAUUUCUUCGUCGCGACCAAGUUCGUCAGCAUCUUCGCCGUCGUGCUCGCCGGCGUCGUCGUCCUGACCAUCCAGCUGGCGGACCCGGAUACCAAGGUCGGGGGCGGUGACUGGAUCAGGAGGAACUGGUUCGCCGACCGCGACACGGUCGCCCCGGACGGCAGCGUGACCCACUGGCCUGAUGUGAGCACGUGGGAGCUGCUCGGCCACUUCUCCGCCGCGCUGUACGGUGCCCUGUGGGCAUACUCCGGCUGGGAGAAGGGCAUCUAUGUUUCCGCCGAGCUGUCCAACCCCGUCAAGCAGCUUCCGCUUGCCAUCAAUACGGCCAUUCCCACCAUCAUCGCUUGCUUCCUCGCGACUAAUGCUGCAUACUACAUCCUGCUACCCUGGGACGUGGUUUCCACAACGGACAGCGUUGCCGUGACCGCAAUCACCCGCCUUCUCGGCCGCGGCUUCGGCAUCGUAGCCGCAGUCCUCAUCUGCCUCGUCGUCGCCGGCUCCCUGCUCGGCAACUCGUUCGUCGCAGGCCGCAUGGCCGUCGCGGCAGCCAAUGCAGACUGGCUGCCCAAGUCCUUCGCCGCGCUCGGCCAUUUCGGACUGUGGAAGCAGCCGGAGGAGGAGGGCGGCGACGAAGAGGGGCCGCAGGGCUCAUCCGACGCGCCCCUCAACGCCAUCCUCCUCAACACGCUCCUGUCCGCCCUCUUCAUCUUCCUCGGCGACUUCCGCUCGCUUCUCACCUUCAACGGCCUGGGCGAGUACACCUUCUUCUUCCUGACCGUCCUCGGCGCCGUGGUGCUGCGCUUCCGCGAGCCUGGCCUGCACAGGCCGUACAAGCCGCUGCUGGUCAUACCCAUAAUCUUCACCCUGGUCAGCGGCUUCGUGCUCGUGCGCGGCGCCGUGUUUGCGCCUGUGCCUGCCAUGGUACUGGUUGUCGUGUGGGCUGUGGGUAUCCUGUUCUACGUGGUCCGCAGGAAGCGGGCGGAGAGGCUGCGUCAGGGUAACGAUUAG